GUUGUUGCUGUCAAAGCCGUCAUAAAUUGAUAAUGUUAUUAUUAUUGUGGUUUUUGUUAGUUAUGGAAGAGUAGAACAGAAAAUUCGAUAAGUUAAUUAUUUUUUAAUAAUUUACACUCGGUUUUAUAACCGUUGAAACGUAUUUAUGUUUGGUUAUAACCUGCAUAACCUUACUUUUGGAAAUGUUUUAUUUUGGAAAAAUCGCAUUUGCAUGUGCUGUUGUUUUUUUCCUGUCAAUGUCAAACAAAUUUUAAUUUGACACAAUUCACAUCAAAAUUGGGAAUGCGCUAGAAAAAACCAUGUUUCCUGAAGAUACGUUUGCAAUUUGUGAUCCACGACGUGAUGAAGACUGUCGCAAGAACGGGGACAAGGAGGUGCACCCGAAAAUCAACGGAAAUCGGAGAAAUUCCUGCGCGAUUGUAACAAAUACGUGCCACACGUGCAAUGGGUAUUAUGGGCCGUGCUUUGACGACCCUGUGUGCUCCACCUGCCACGCUUUUCUGUACCCCAACACUGCCCCCAUUAUGGACAGGCCCUCAACCUUCCAAAGAUCCAGUGAUAGUGAUUCGGGCAAUGACGAGCCGGUGGAUAACAGUCAGGAAAGCAUGCCCAACGUCCCCCUUUACGAGGACUUCGUGGGCAAAAUGGCCCCCGUAAGGGUGGAUACCCUGACUAAAGAAAUACAAAGGCUCUCAAACGUCACUCAUCACGUAACUGACUUGAAUUUAGAGCUAUUUCCACCGGAAGUUCUUAUGCAUAUGUUUAAAUAUUUAGACGAAAUUUCGCUGUGGAGCAUAGGUCAAGUUUGUAGCAGGUGGCGGGAGAUACUUUUCAUGUGUGUGAAGCUCGAGCGUUGGCGAGACUUUGUGCGCUUAAGGUGGCCGUUGUUGCCUUUAUAUGAUUACGAACAAGACUGGUAUGAACUUUAUACAGCCAUGAUGCUUAGCUCGUGUUGUUUUAAAUGUAUCAAACAAAUGGCCGCUCAAAAAUUGCCCUCGCAUUGGGAGGACAGUUCCUGGAGACGACACCGUUUAAGAACCGAGCUUAAAGCAAUGAGGAGUGAUCCUCUCAGUGGGAUUGAUGCGUUUCCACUUGAUGCUCAUUGUUGCCAUUGGCAGGCGACGAUUGAGGGACCAGCGGGCAGUCCUUACGAGGGCGGAUUGUUCUUUCUGUACAUUCAAGUACCAACAACUUACCCAUUAGAUCCUCCACUUGUUAGGUUUAUCACGAAAAUUUUUCAUCCCAACGUUUCAAGACACGGAGACAUUGGUAUCGAUUCAAUUCAUCACAACUGGUCAUUAGCUCUCACACUUAGCAAAUUGUUGAUUUCUAUACAGUCACUUCUUACCGACCCUUUCUGCGAUGUUUGUAUGGAACCCGAAAUAGGGAAUAUGUUCCUCAAAAACAGGGAGGCGUUCGAACUUGAAGCUAAGAUGUGGACUUGCAAACAUGCAAUGCAUGAUAUGUUGCCACACUGAAUAUUUAUUUAUCUAUUGUUUUUUUUUCGCAAAAUUAUGAUUGAGUUAAUCAACAACAUGCCGUGCAUGUAUGUUGCCGCAAAGGGCAUUUGUUUUUAUUUAAUUUUUUUUUGCUAAAUUUUUAUGGUGGCAAUGUCAAUUAUGCUUUUUAUUUCUCAAAAUUUAUUUUGAUUUGUAAGAAUUGAGAACAUGCCAUGCAUGAUGUGUUGGCAUACUCAUAUAUAUUUAUUUUAUUUACUUUUAUUUUUUGCAAAAUCAUGUUUGUGACAAGGCCAAUUUAUUGAUAUUUUACCUUAUUUGUUACAUUAUAUUUUUUGUGAUUUGUGUUCAAUAAACCUGUUUCUUAAA